UUGGACCAAAGUAUCCUUGGAAGGUUGGUAAUACCACAUGUCUGCCUUGCGUACGUAUCCAUUUUCCCGAGUUAACGAACGAUUCAAAAUAACAUAAUGGAAGACCAAGAUAUGACAAGUCACCGAAGAAUAUAUGUGGAUGGCGUUUUUGAUUUGGUCCAUUGGGGGCAUUUGAAUGCACUGCGCCAGGCACAUCAAUUAGGAGGUAAAAUAGUAGUUGGUGUAGUAUCGGACAAGGAGACCCAGGAUACUAAGGGUAUAGCACCGAUAUACAAUUCACAGGAGCGCGCGGAACUUAUAAGUGGAUGCCGAUGGGUAGACGAUGUUAUUGUGGAUACACCCUAUGACGUUACAAUAAAAUUCCUCAAGGAUGUUGCCAAAUGCGAUGUCGUAGCACAUGGAGAUGACGUGGCCAUUGGAGCAAGUGGUAAAGAUUGUUACGAGGAGAUUAAAAAUGCCGGGCUGUUCGUAUCAGUACGAAGGUCACGUGGAUGCAGCACAUCUACAACCCUUGGUAGGCUUGUAGAAGCACUGAGCAGUGACAGAUUCAGCCACUUUGCAUCCAACUCAGGUAUAGCCCAGGACCCAAUUGCUCAAUUUGAGACGCUAGUAGCACAAAAUGAAGAGCAGAUGUCACGGGACUUGCUGUCCGACGACGGGUUUAAUGAAAUUGAAAAGAAGGCAUCUAAAAAUGAAAUGCAUGUAAGAUUCCCAAGAUGCAGAACACGCGCAUCACUGUUUUCCAAGUUUAUCCCAAUGUCUUGCAAACCUGAUGGAGCUAAAGUUAUAUAUGUCGAUGGUACAUUCGACGUGUUCCAUGUAGGGCACCUGAGAUUCCUACAACGAGCUAAAGAACUGGGAGAUUACCUAAUAGUUGGGUUGUACGACGACCAAACAGUACGGACAAUCAAGGGGAAUCCAUUCCCAGUCAACCACCUUAUGGACCGCGCACUAACUGUACUUGCAAUGAAGUAUGUCGACGAUGUGAUCAUGGGAGCACCAUUCAUUCCAUCUAAGAAUUACCUCGAAAACCUAGAGGUUAGCUUAGUUGCAGUGGGCAACCACAGUGAUGACCCGUUGAUGAUCGAUGACUUUGAUAACUACGCAGUGGCAAGGGAUAUUGGUAUCCUAAAGCAUAUAGACUCCGGAUGCACCUUGACAAGCUCUGACAUAAUACAGAGAGUGUCUAACAGACUGGACCAAAUUACAUUAAACGUGGAACGUAGGUGUAAAAUAGAGCAGGCGCUGUACCAUUGAGUAGUAU